UAUAUUCUUCCCCAUCCCCACAAUAUCAUCCUAUCGAUACCCUCUCACUUCUAGGGUUUCCUCAACCCUCUUCAUCCUUCACACACUCGAUGGCUGACGACGCACACUACACUGCCGGAGACUUCACCGGUAAACGCAAGUACGACGACUCUACCACACCGCCGCCGUCAUCCGCCCGCCGCCAAACUGGAUUCUCCGCACCAAUCAUCCACUCACAGUCUCCUGAUUCCGCUUCAGCCUACAACACCGUACCUCCUCCGCCUGUAGAUGAGAUCGAGCUCGCGAAACAGAAGGCUCAGGAGAUCGCUGCUCGCCUGUUCAACAACGCCGAAGCUAAACGACCGAAGUUUGACAACGGCGGAGGUGGUGGCGGUUAUGAUAAUAAUGAUAGCAAGGGUUUCAGUUCUGGUCCUGCAGAUUAUGGGCAGAAGCCUUAUAUAUCUGCUCCUUCAGUACCGUCUGCAUAUGGUGGUUAUGGUGGAGGUUCAGGUAAAAAGAUUGAUAUACCAAAUGGAAGGGUAGGUGUGAUCAUUGGUAAAGGUGGAGAAACUAUAAAGUAUCUUCAGUUACAAUCUGGAGCAAAGAUUCAGGUUACCAGAGAUAUGGAUCAUGAUCCUCAAUCACUCACCAGAGCCGUCGAGCUUACAGGUACUUCAGAAGCUAUCGCUAAAGCCGAGCAGCUGAUUAAAGAUGUCCUUGCUGAGGCUGAGUCUGGAGGUUCUGGAAUUGUUUCUAGGAGGUUACCUGGUCAGCAAGGCGGGGCUGAACAAUUUGUGAUGCAAGUGCCAAACAACAAGGUUGGUUUAAUCAUUGGUAAAGGUGGAGAGACCAUAAAAAGUAUGCAAGCUAGUUCUGGAGCUCGUAUUCAGGUGAUACCUCUACACCUGCCCCCUGGUGAUACAUCAACGGAAAGGACUGUACAAAUAGAUGGAUCCAGUGAUCAGAUUGAGGCUGCAAAACAGUUGGUCAAUGAAGUAAUCAGCGGCGAGAAUCGUUUAAGAAAUCCAAUGGGCGUUGGCGGGUAUUCACAACAAGGUUACCAAGCCCGUCCCCAGACAAAUUGGGCCCCACCUGGUCAACAAAUGCAACAACAGGGUUAUGGUUAUAUGCAACCUGGAGGUUACCCCGGUCAACCCACUCAGUACACCCAACCACCAUAUGGUGGAUAUCCAGGUCAGCAAACAGCACAGGGAGGAGGUGGUGGUGGUGGUGGUGGUUAUGACUAUUACAACCAGCAACAAGCUCCACAAACCCAACCACCUGGUGGUCCAGAUGGCUCAAGCUAUGGUUAUAGUCAGCAAGGUCAAACAUAUGGUCAAGAUGGCUAUGGAGGAUAUGGAGCUCCUCAGUCUGGUUAUAGUCAGCAAGGUCAAACAUAUGAUCAACAAGGUUAUGCUAAUCCAACAUCUGGAUAUAAUGUUUCUAGUGAAACUAGUGAAGGGAAAACUAGCUCAUAUGGAGCUCAGGGUGAUUCAGCUAGUCAAGCUCCACCUCCGACUUCUGCACCUCAGUCUGGUUAUGCUCAGCCCGCCUACGGGGCGGUACCACCAACAUCUCAGCCGGGCUACGGGGCGGUACCACCAUCUGGAUAUGGUGGUUAUGGACCUCCUCCAACACAGAAACCACCUGUUACACCGACAUACGGACAGCAGUCUCCACAAGGGGGCUAUGCCCAACCAGCUCCUUAUGGUGGUGGUUAUGGUGCUGGCGGGUAUGCUCAAGCAUCAUACGGACAGCAGCCACCGGCAUAUGGAAGCUCGUAUGGCAGUGGCUAUCCCCAACAGCCACCACCUGCGUAUUCUGCUGAUGGCGCAGCUCCCGCACCUCAAGCUAGUCAGCCUAGCGGUGGUGGUGCGGUUGCAAAAGCUUCACCUCAGAGUUGAUGUUUAUGAAGCAGGUAAGAGUAAGAGUAGAAGACAACUUUUGGUUUGUGCUGUUGCUUAUGUUUGUGGCUAUUUCAAAACCUUGUUAUGAUGGCUACUGUAGCAUCAAUGGACUUGGUACUGAGAUAAUCUUUCUAUUUCUUUUUGUUAAUUGAAUAUUUUUUUGCAUGUUUCUUGUUAAGUACUGUUUACACAUGUUUCAAAUUGCAAUUAAAUUGGUGCAUUUCGUAUUUUU